CACGUAGGUAGAUACCGGACCGGAGACUAUCGGCCGCCGCCUCUGAGUCAACAUGCAGAGGAUGCAUUAAUCUGUCAGGGGUGCGAACAAGAUCUCGGUAGCAUCCAUUUAAUAUAAGUAAGUCGUCUAGGUAUUUUAACCCUGUUUGAAAGAGGCAAGAAGAUUGUCAAGUCUAUAUGAGUUAUCACCUGAGAGCCAUAUAAGAAAAUAGCCGCUACGAUGUCAACCCUCACAGUUCCACCACCUCCUACCUCCUCCUUGUCACCAGACCAGAUCUCCCAGUUUCUGACAUACAUCAAGAUUCCGCAACAUCUACACCAUGCACCGCCGACACUGUCCCUGCUCAAAACCCUGCACACACACAUGCUGACAACAUGCCCCUAUGAGAACCUCUCCAUACACUACAAUCCAUCCCAUAAUAUCAGCCUCGACCCGCAAGCUGUCUUCCACAAGAUCGUGGUCGAGGCCCGUGGUCGUGGCGGUUACUGCAUGGAAUUAGCCAUUUUAUACAACAACCUGCUCCGCGGUCUCGGCUUCGACGCCUACACAGCCGGAGUGCGGACGCGUCCGCGCAUAGACGGCGUGCCCAGCCGUGAUUUCCCAGGCUGGUGCCACAUCGUGAGCAUUGUCUCUCUCCCAACUGGCGAGCGAUACCACGUCGACGUGGCGUUCGGCGGCGAUGGACCGACCGCGCCCUUGCCCCUUGUGCCUGGCACCGUUCAUCAGAACUUGGGCACACAGGAGGUGCGACUGAUCCGCGAUUGGGCCCCUACUCAGCACCACCGCACCGAGGAGUCCAAGAUGUGGAUCUACCAGUAUCGCAACGGUGUCAACAGGGAGUGGAACUCGUACUAUGGAUUUACAGAGACCGAAUUUAUGGAUGCGGACUGGGGUGUGAUCAACUACUGGACAAGUACAAACCCCGAUUGCCACCAGACAAGGACAGUCCUGAUUGUUAGGUUCCUUGGGCGAGUCAAGGAAACAAGCAACGGUAGUGACUGGGAAAUAUAUGGGAAACGGAUGCUGGUCAACGGCGUAGUGAAAGAGAACCUUGGGGGAAAGACACAAACUCUUUUGGAGUGUCGUACCGAAGCAGAACGCGUACUGGCCCUAGAUGCGCAUUUCGGCAUCAUGCUAAGGGAAGAAGAAGCAUUGAGCAUCAGAGGGCGGGGGACUGAUCUAGACUUGGUUACAUGAGGUAUUU